AUGCAGCUCCCGUCGUCAGAAUGCCUCCAUUUACGCCUUCAGCCUUACGUACGUUGACAAGAAGCCUUGCUCUUGCUAGUCUUGCAACACGAGGUCAUCACAGCGCGUGAGAUGGCAUCGCCAGCUGCGGCCCGCGAGUUAUCUGCCCGGCCUGGCCGCUGUCUGAGCUACUGUGAGCUCUCAUAUGAGUUAGGACUGCGAGAGGCGAGGUCCAUAAUUGCCAUGUUUUGCUCCCGAUGCGCCCACAGCAACACGUUUAACGUCAUGGAUGCGCCAUGUUUGCCGAGCGACUUACGCACCGACGCGCACAGCCUCUCAGUGAGGAAUCUGGUACCCUGACCUGAGAUGCAACCGCUAUGACGGUGCGUUGCUAGAACGAUGGAUCCAGUGAGCCGGGAAAGUCUAUAUAAACGGAACCAACCCCUCACAGAAACCAGACCAUCUUCCACCCCCGGUUCUCCAUCCUUUAGCAAGCCAGCCAUCUGCUCCCAGAAAUGGCUGGCUGGAGACACGCGUUUUCCCUCUCGAGCGAGGCCGUCAAGGACGCCACCCCUCCGGGGACUGUGACCCUCAUUGGCAAGACAGAACACAGCGUGAUCCACCAAAACGGUCGGUACGUGGAUCGCGUGGUCCAGUUCCCGCUGCCGACCCUAAGCCCCGCCGACCCUUUGAACUGGCCGAGCUGGAGGAAGAUGGCGUGCAUGAUGACGGUGGCGUUCUACGCCUUCGUCGCCAACUUCCUCUCGGCCUCACUGGCCCCAGCCCUCCCGGUCUGGAACAGGGAGUUCCGCCAGGACGUCAGGCCGCUCAGCGACCUGAUGCAACUCGUCGCGCUCAACGUCCUCGCCCUGGGACUCGGCAACGUCUUUUGGGUCCCGCUCUCCAACGUGUUUGGACGCCGCCUCGUCCUCGUUGUCUCCACGCUGCUGCUCUCCGUCGCUACGACGACCGGCGUGUUCGUUAAGGGCUUCACCCCGACCUUGUUCGUCAGGGUUUUUCAAGGUCUCGGGAGCUCAGCAUCUGAGACAGUCACGCCGGCUGUCGUUGGAGAUUUGUUUUUCGUCCAUGAACGCGGAGGUUGGAUGGCAUUCUACACGGCAUCCCUGGCCAGCGGCUCCGUCCUCGGCGGCAUCACGGGCGGGUACAUCGCUAACGGGCUCGGAUGGGUUGCGCAGUUCUCGGUCGGAGCAAUUCUCACGGGUCUGGCAAGCGUGGCCACCUUCUUCCUCGUGCCGGAGACCAUGUUCGACCGGCCGAAACACGCGCUGCCCGUGCAGCAGCAGCACUGGCAGCAGGCCUCGCUGCAGACAUUCCAGCCCAACCUGGCCCCGCGAAUCUCGGUACCGCCCCGCAUCAGCCUCGCCGACCUCCCGUCUGCCCGGUUCACGCUGCCGACAAGAUACACGUGGGCAACCAUCAUUGCCGUCGCGACGAGGGCCUCUACCGGCAUGACAUGGUACGACACGGAAUCGUCCCAGACCGAGCUCAGCUCCUGGCCAGGGCCAGGGCGAGGGGGUCAGCCGGGGCCGAGCCGUCGCAGCGGACCGGUCAGCGGCGAGGGCAGCGGCGAGGGCAGCGGUGCCGAGUACAGCCCGCCGCCCUACACUUUCGCGCAGUCCCUCAAGUUCAGCCGGUACCGCGGCAACGUCGUCCACCAGUUCAUGAAACCGUGGACGACCCUCCUCCUCCCGGCGACCUGGAUCGUCAUGAUGCAGUACGGCGGCCUCGUCGGCGGCGUGGCGGUCAUCUCGACGGUGGGACCGCAGAUCCUGAACCACAAACCGUAUUUUUGGGGAGGUAACGCCGGGCUGCUGUUUGUUGGCGCGCUGGUCGGCAUCCUGCUCGGCGGGCUCUGCACGGGUCUGCUGGCCGACCGGCAGCUGAAGAGGCUGGCGCGGGACCAGGACCAUGGGUUUGCCGAGCCUGAGGCCAGGAUCGGGUUGAUGUUGCCGUCGUUGUUGGUUGGGACUUGUGGGCUGCUGGUGUUUGGCUUUUGUGCGCAGUACCCGGGGAGGUACCAGUGGGUUGGGCUGGAGUUUGCCUAUGGGAUGGUGGCGUUUGCACUGACGCAGGUGCCGUCCAUCUGGUUCGGCUAUCUCAUUGACUCGUACGAGCAGCUGGCCAGCGACUGCUUCGUCAUGAUCUGCAUCCUCCGCGCCCUGAUUCCCUUUGCCUGGACCUUCAUUGUUGCGCAAUGGAUGGAGAAGAGCGGCUAUCUCGUUCCAUUUGCCGGAUUCACGGCGAUCAUGGGCGUGUUUGCUUUGCUCACCAUCCCUAUCAUCGUUUGUGGGAAGCGGUUGAGGAUCGCCACAACCCGUUAUGUGACAAAGAAUCAAUGA